CGUGUGGCCCCGAAGGGUGCGGGUCGGAGCUUGUUGCUGGCGAGCCCCGCUCCUCUGCCCUCCCCCUCCUCCCCUGGCUUCCCCCGCAGCCGAGGAUGAGUCCUUUCCCCUGCGCCCGAGGAAGGCCGGGCGAGCAGGCAGCAGUGCAGCAGGCGGGGAGCCGAGCUGUUGGGUGGGCUCUUGCGGGAGGAGACCGAGGGAUCGAAGAUUGCGCCUGGCAAGCCGCGUCAAACGGCGACGGGAAAUAGCGGCGGCAGCAGCGGCAGGCAGCGUCUGCGGUUGUUGAAAGGCGUAAGUCAAGAACCGAAUUGCGCACGGCCGGGACUUCUGCUGGUACCAGAGAAAGGGGCGGGGUCCCGCAAAGCUGCAAUCCCACCGAUACUUUUAAAGCAAUUAACUGGUGCAAAUCGGGAUUUCAGAGCAUCCUUCUCGGCUAGCGCGAGGGCGGAGCUUGACGUCCAGGAUAAGAUGUAAAAGGGAGCGAUCCUCCUCCUACAGGGAUCUUGUUAGAAACAAGACUUCGGGUACCCCUGGACUCUGGAUUGAGAAGCACCAGAUCCUAAAGAACCGAGUCGGGGCCUCUGGGAAGUUGCAGUUGGACCUGCACAUUCUCUCUAGGAAGCCUAAUGCUGCUACCUACAGCUUUGCUCUGUCAGAAAGGGAAUGCAGCUGUGCUCCAGUCGCAGCAGAAUCUCCUCUGUGCCAGGCAGACACCCCCUUGUAGCUGGAUUUAGAAAAGGUCUGGACGUUGUAGUGGGGUGCAUCCUCGUUUGGCCCCUGCUGGUGGCCCACCGGAGAAAACCUCUCUAAGAAUGCUGGCCAGUUGGAGAGACCUGUCUCCAAGGAUCAGUGCUGUACUUUGCUGCCUCCUUUUCUUCUGGCUCUUGUACUGCCAUCUGCCCAAGGAAGGAAAGGAGCUAGAGGUGGGGACAUGUGAAAUCACAGCUCUGGAUAGAGAUAUGAGCCAUCCCAAAAGGAUGAUUGCCCGACAGACAGCACGGUGUGCCUGUCGAAGGGGUCAAGUCGCUGGAACAACAAAAGCAAAACCUGCCUGUGUGGAUGCCCAGAUCAUUGUUAACAAACAGUGGUGUGGGAUGGAGCCCUGUGAUGAAGGCGAGCAAUGCACUUUAUUAAUAAAUCGUUCUGGGUGGAGUUGUAGUAGGCAACUGGGACGAAUAAAAACAGUCACGGUUUCUUGACAUCAGUAUAGCACCUGUCUGUAAGAGCACCUUCUCCACUUCCUGUGUGCUGAUGGCAGAGUUCAGAGAUCACCUCAUCAUGAAAAAUGGGACAAUCCACUUUCUCAAUAUGGGUUCAUCCCCAUGAAUCAGGGCCCAUCUCAUCUGUAUUUCCUCUUGUGCCAGCACAUUGGAUGCAGAGGCUACUGAAACAAGCAUCUUUGUGUUGUAUGUAUGAGAUUAACUUUUCUUCCCCCUCCCCAAAGCAAAUAUAUCUAUUUAUAGCUUAUGUUGUGUAUUUUUGACUUGAAAUGCAGUUUUCUGUAGACUUUAUUUUCCCCCAUGUCAACAGAAGAUUUGCAACUUGGUAUCCUAGAAUCAACAGGCCUUUCAGACCAGGAGGAAUGGCCGCCUCUUUGAGAGAUAUGGUUGUAACAGACUGAGGUACUUGCUAAAUGUCUGGGAUGCUAUGCUAUGAAGAAAACAUUCUCUUAGACCUCUUCCUUUCAAUUGUUUCUCCUCCCCUGAUCCAAAGGAGGUGAGAUGGUGCUAAAUGAUGUAUCAUUGGAUCAUCAGCUGCUGUGGAUAUAGAGGGAAGCAUUCACUAAAAGGUGUGGCCAUAUUCAGUAUAAGGCACACUUCACAAAAGAGUGAAAUGAAAUAGCGAGGUAAAAAAAAACUGGGCAAAAAUGUGUGUUGAAUCACAAUCUUCUCCAUUUGUGUUUAUGGUAUCUUAAUUAAGUCCCCUUUCUCAUAUCUGCCCAAUCAACUAUUGAGAAUAAUUCUUACUCAUCAGUAACCAGGUGCAAAUUGAAAACAAGCAUAAUUUAUUUAAUAUAAUUCAUUAUGUAUCACCGUUAGCUCAUUUUAACUUGAGAUAGUAUUCUGGGAGUUGAACUUUUGUAUCCAACGUUAGAAAUCAUGUAUUUCUGACCAAUUUGUCCCUGAGACUAAUUUGAUAAUCCAUCAGAUGGACUGCCUUGGGAAUUUCUGAACCAGUUGUUUUUGCAAGUCGUAGACUGAAAUAAUAUACCUAAAGUAGAUUCCUCUUUGAUUAUGGAACACUGAUCCCUUAAAGAUGUAUUAUAAAGGGGUCAAAAUUGUACCCAAGUAGCAAUUCCUCCCACUAUAAAUUUAGUUUCAUUAUGAACAAGAACUAUAGACUAAUGCCUGUCAUAAUCUAUAAUCAGCAUGGAUAUUGGUAAAGCCCAGCUGUGGUUGGCAAUUGAGAGAAAAAUAUACAGAUCCAAGUAGAGCUUUUUCCUUCAGUCCCAGUUCCAUUCCCAACCACUGGGAGCUAAAAAUAAUUAAAAGUCUCCUGAGACUGCUAGUUGAUACUGAUCAUGAUUUGAAAAUUAUACUGUAAAAAAACCACAGCAUUGCUUCUGCACACCCGUCUGUAAAUAUGAAAGGUCUUGGAUUCAUUCUCACGCCAAUCUUAUUUUUUGUUAUAAGUUGAACUCUUUUGUUUCAAGAACUUUUUCCUCUGAAAUAAAUUUCCACAAUUUGUGAUGUCAAAAAAAAUGUAAGGAAAUAAAAUUCUAACUUUAUUAGUCAAAA